CCAAGAUCGCCAAGCACGGACCCUCCUAUAAAGAAAGAAGAAUGAACCGAAGGAGGAGCCACCCCCGGUGAUAGUGUUGCCCGGACUUCCCGCUCCGAACUACGAUCCUCCGCCAGCAUGCCCCGCCUCGGCUUCCGGCGCUCUCUUCCGUCACUGUCGUUGAUGCCCCUCCUCGUCCUCUUCGUCGCGGUGGGUGCGGCGGGGAAGGGCGACGGCGGGCUGCGGUUCCAGCGGGAGGGCGGCACGUUCAAGGUGCUGCAGGUGGCGGACAUGCACUACGCGGACGGGCGGAGCACACGGUGCAGGGACGUGCUGCCCACGCAGCGCGCCGGCUGCUCCGACCUCAACACCACCGCCUUCCUCUACCGCCUCCUCCGCGCCGAGGACCCCGACCUCGUCGUCUUCACCGGUGAUAACAUUUUUGGUGAGAAUUCAACCGAUGCGGCCAAGUCGAUGGAUGCGGCGAUCGCUCCGGCCAUUGCCAUGAAACUUCCCUGGGCUGCUGUGCUCGGCAACCAUGACCAAGAGGGUACGCUGUCGCGCGAGGGUGUGAUGCGCCACCUUGUAGGCAUGAAGAACACCCUUGCACGCUUCAAUCCACAAGGAGUAGAAAUCGAUGGCUACGGAAACUAUAAUUUGGAGGUUGCAGGGGUUGAAGGAACACUGCUGGCUAACAAAUCAGUGCUCAACAUGUAUUUUCUUGAUAGUGGUGACUAUUCCACUGUGCCAUCGAUCCAUGGCUAUGGUUGGAUCAAGGCAUCACAGGAAGCUUGGUUCAGGCAAACCUCUUCGAGUCUCCAGCAAAACUAUACGGGUGGACAACCCAGACAGAAGGAGCCAGCACCUGGUCUUGCUUACUUCCACAUUCCCUUGCCGGAGUUUAACAACUUUACGGCAUCCAAUUUCACAGGAGUAAAGCAGGAGAAGGGUAUCAGCUCGGCGUCGAUCAACUCCGGCUUCUUUAACACCAUGGUGGAAGCUGGAGAUGUGAAGGCUGCCUUUGUAGGACAUGAUCACUUAAAUGACUUCUGUGGUAAGCUCACUGGUAUUCAGCUGUGCUAUGCUGGUGGUUUCGGUUACCAUGCGUAUGGCAUGGCCGGGUGGUCAAGGAGAGCAAGGGUGGUGUCUGUGCAACUUGAGAAGGCAGCGAGCGGCGAGUGGCAAGGCGUGAAGUCUGAGGUGCAACUUGAGAGGCUUGAUGAUCAACAUCUCACCACAAUUGACUCUGAGGUGCUAUGGAAAAGAAGCUCUAAUAGUUGAGGUACUCAACUAUGCAUGAGCAUGGCGCUGCUAUUUCUAGCUUGCAUAAUGAACACUAGAUCGGAAGUGCGCCCUGGCGCACCGGUGCCUGGCUCAGCACAAUGACCCAACGUAUAAAACUCAAAUAUAACAAAGCAUUUUGUGCAUCCAAAGGAAAUCAGAGCAAUCACUCAAGCUAAAUUUAUUUUGUACAGAUCACAAACAGUAAGUAAUAUAGUUGCUGCCCAGAUAACUGAGUUUAGCAUAGAGCAUACAAAUUAAUGAUAUACCAGAAGCAUGGUAUAGUUGUUCCCAAGACAACUGGCCUUGAACUUUACUACAAAGCAUAAAGGCACAAAGUGUACCAAAAGCAAGACAUAGUGCUUGCUCAGGACAACUGACUUGAAUUGGACUGCAUCAAGUUCAGUACAAAGCGUCAAGACAUAAGUUCUAUAAAAUAUAGCCAAGAAAUUCAUACUGGCAAGCAUAAGUGUCAGAUUUUGGAGCUGCUCAUAAACAUAAUGAGAUAACAGACAAAUUGAGAACGAAGCUCUGGAAACAUCGAUAAUAGUAGGACAUUUGUCUUUGUUAAUCAAAGAACAUCUAGUGUAGCUUGUAGUUAACCAUUACUGAGAACUCCUACUUCCUCCUUCCAAGUGAAAAGGUUAUUUUCUGAGGCGAAGCUAAUGCAGAUAGUAGUGGCCAAUACUUGAAUGACUUCACCUUGCUAAUGAUAAUAUGGAAGAU